AUCGAAUGCAAAUUGCAAAGUGGCUCUCUCUCUCUCUCUCUCUCUCGUUUCUGCGUAAAAUCAUUCGUCCAUAUGUACAAUUUCCUUUCUCAAUUUUAGAUUCUCACCUCAGGUUUUUGCAGGAUCCUUUCAUGGCGUCAAGGUUUUCAGAUUUUGUUUCUACCGGACGGAAAUCGAAAUAGCUUUGCUGCAAACACACGAUUGCAGUUCUAGGGUUCUUAAUUUCUCCCCGGAAAAAAAAAAAGUAGCUUCGAUUUUGAGGUAAUCCAUCGAUGGUGUUGAUGAGUGAGAGUGGUAGCCCUAGCAUUGUUGGAACCCUAAUUCAAGCCCGAGGCCCGGGCCCGGGCCCGGUGGCUAGGCAAGGAUCAAUUUACAAUCUAACUCUAGAUGAGGUGCAGAACAAAUUGGGGGAUUUGGGGAAGCCUCUUGGUAGUAUGAAUUUAGAUGAAUUCAUAGAAAAAGUUGAGGCGAACAGCAGUCGAGCAGCAGCCGAGGGUGUUGGCUAUGAUCAUCUUUCAUCGGGGGUGAGGAUAUCCGGAGAUCUAAGCAAAAAGACAGUCGAGGAGGUAUGGAGGAGCAUUGAUAGGACGGGGACGUAUGGGAAGAUGACAUUGGAGGAUUUCUUGUUCAAGGCAGGGGUGGUGACGGAUUCGUCCCCGGGGAAGGAAAUCUCGGGUUCGGGAAAUGAGGCAGGGGUUGCGAUGGGGAUGCCUCAUCAGGGACAGUGGAUGAAUUACUCGAUGCCAUUGAAUCAUCAUCAUCCUCAGGUUAUCCUGCCGUUCGAUGUUCCGGGCCGACAUGAGACUCAAGUGGCGUUCUCUUCGUCCCCUUUGAUGGGCCCACCGUCGAACACAACACAAACCCCGAGAAGAAAGAGAGUUGCUCCUGAUGAUGUGGCGGAGAAGAGCGUUGAAAGGAGGCAGAAAAGGAUGAUCAAGAACCGGGAAUCAGCUGCUCGAUCACGGGCAAGGAAGCAAGCGUACACGAAUGAGCUGGAGAACAAGAUUAUGCGACUAGAGGAGGAGAAUGAACGGCUCAGGCGACUACAGGAAUUGGAGAAAGCGUUGCCUUGCAUCCCGCCACCGCAGCAGCCCAAGAAUCAACUGCGCCGAACAAGUUCAGCGCCGCUAUGACUUAUUAUUUAUUGUGUAGGUUUAUUACAAGAAGCUUAGGUUAGUUUUUCUUUUCGUUUGUUUUGCCAUGUUUGCACUUGAAAGGUUAGGCAGCAGCCAACGGGAACAGUAACGGUGCUCUCGAUUUUCCGUUGGCCGUUGCCUUUGGCGCUCGAUUUUCCGUUGGCCGAGCUCCUUGUCUAUGUACAUUUUCUCUGUAGUUUUAUUAAUGACCAUUGGUUGAAUGGAUUGUGUGGUUGUUUGGCUCAUAGCAACAAGAUUUGGAUGUCAAGUUUUUAACAGAAAAUAGGUUAUAUUGUC